GCAUAAGCAUUCGGAGAGUCGCUAUAGAUGGCGAAAAUAAAAUUAGCUUAAGAGGGACGGUGGUAAAAAGCUUGUAGCUGAGCGACGCGAGGAGAGCGGAGAGUUGUAGAGAGAAAGAGAGGAGAGAGGUGCGAUUUAGGGUUUUGAAAUCCUAUCAAAUCCGAAGGUCAGUUAAGCGACGAGCGCCUAAUUUCAAGGUUGUUUUGUGAAUUUUGUUUUUCUCUAUUAGGUAAAUGUAUUGUGUUAGAAUAUUUUAGAAAUUAGGCGAGUUUGCUUUGGUAUAUGAUGAUGAUGGUAAUUGUCUAUUGUGAGAAAGAGGUGUCCCUAUUGUUGUGUGCAGGAAGAGUGCGUGAGCGAUUGAGGGUUGGUGAGGGAGAGAGAGGGAAAGAGGGGAGAGAAUUUUGUGGGAGCUGCCCAAAUUCGCCAUUUCUAGGUAGCAGGGACCUCUUUUCAUCAUGACUGACCGGAAGCUCGUUGUGUUGGGAAUUCCAUGGGAUGUCGAUACUGAGGGAUUGAGGGAAUACAUGAGCAAAUUCGGGGAGCUGGAGGACUGUAUUGUAUUAAAGGAACGUUCUACUGGACGCUCUCGUGGUUUUGGGUAUGCAACAUUUGUUACAGCCGAGGAUGCAAAGGUGGCAUUAGCAAGUGAGCAUUUACUUGGCAAUAGGGUGCUGGAAGUCAAAGUAGCCACCCCAAAGGAUGAAAUGAAAACCACAUCUAAGAAAGUUACCAGGAUAUUUGUGGCUAGGAUUCCACCAUCAGUAACUGAAGCUGUUUUCAGAAGCCAUUUCGAGAAAUAUGGCGAAAUAACAGACAUAUACAUGCCGAAGGAUCCAUCUACCAAAGGACAUCGUGGAAUUGGAUUUAUCACUUUUGUGAAUGCUGAAGCAGUAGAUGAUCUAAUGGCUGAGACUCAUGAGUUGGGCGGUUCAACUGUUGUUGUGGAUCGAGCAACCCCGAAGGAGGAAGAAUUCAGGCCAGUUAGCCGAGCGCCUCAAAGCGGGGGUGGAUAUGGUGCUUAUAAUGCUUAUAUUAAUGCUGCGACUAGAUAUGCUACACUUGGUGCACCAACCCUGUAUGAUCCUCCUGGUGCCAUGUAUGGAAGGGAGGUACCUCGUGGAAUGGGAAAAAAAAUCUUUGUUGGUAGGCUUCCUCAGGAGGCAACUGUAGAAGAUCUUCGCCAUUAUUUUGGGAGAUUUGGACGAAUUUUAGAUGUUUAUGUUCCAAAGGAUCCCAAGAGAACUGGUCAUAGAGGAUUUGGUUUUGUGACUUUUGCUGAUGAUGGUGUUGCAGAUCGUGUAGCUCGAAGAUCACAUGAGAUAUGUGGACAUCAGAUUGCAAUAGAUUCAGCAACACCAAUUGAUGAUGCUACAGCUGCUGCUGCUGGCCCAAGUGGUACUUUCCCGACGAAUAAUCCUGAGCCAUUUGGGUAUGGUGUACCGCCUAUGCGCAGUUAUGGUAGGAUGUAUGGGAGCUUAGAUUUUGAUGAUUGGGGUUAUGGUGUCGGUGGCAGUAUGAACGGAGGCAGACCUCCACGUGCAGAUUACAGGUAUAGGCCUUACUAAGUCAGAGAUGUAGCAGCUGUAUCGGAUGAAUCCUGGACAUGUAAUUUGUUGCCCUUAUCAGAAUCGUGGAUUUUCUUGAAUCGUAGGAGGAAAUUGUCUCCAUUUGGCACUUCUUUUUAGUUGUUGAGAGCAAGUGUUAUUGUUUGAGUUAGAUGCCAUUUUAAUGUUGAAUCCCUUAUUUUCUUGAAUCGUAGGAGGAAAUUAUCUCCAGUUGGUAGUUGGUAUUUUACAUGAAGGUAUUUUUUGUAUUGUGCCCAAUAAAUUUUUAACUUAGCUCCUUA